CCCCUCCCUUCUUCUCUUCUUGGUCCCCGCGCGCGCACUUGCAUCAUUGCAUGCAGCACACCUGAACAACUUGCCUGUUGUACUGUACCACGAGCAGCCACAUGAUGACGCUCCUCAAGACGUACAACCACAACGACAAGCAGCACCAGUUCUCGCUUCCCAAGAGGAACUUCGUCACCUACGCCGUCUACGCGCUCAUCGCCGUCGCGCUCCUCUACCUGUUCGUCGACCCGGCAGCUCCGCCUGCUGCGGGUUCGGGUGCGACUGCGGCAUCAUCUACGACCACCACCAAGCCAUCAUCAUCACUACCUCCUUCUCCUUAUUACGAAGCAUCAUCGCCGAUCAUCAGCACUUCAUCAGCAGCCGCACCGCUGUGCGACUACUCCGACGGCGAGUGGGUGCCGGACGCCCGGCCGCCGCUCUACGACGGCACGACCUGCGGCGCCAUCAAGGACGACGGGCGGAGCUGCACGGCGAACGGGCGCGCGGACACGGGCUACGUGCACUGGCGGUGGCAGCCGCGGGCGUGCGACCUCCCGGACUUCUCUGCGGACGCCUUCCUGCGCUGGCUCCGCAACCGCCACGUGGCCUUCGUCGGCGACUCGCUGGCGCGCAACCAGGCGGAGUCGCUCGUGUGCCUGCUCUCGUCGCGGUCCCCGUCCCCGCCGGACCUCGCGCACCGCAGCGCCGACGGCAGGUUCAGGCGCUGGGUGUUCCGCGACGACAGCGGCGGCAACGCCACCGUCUCCGUCUUCUGGUCGCCGUUCCUGCUCAAAGGCGUCGAGAAGUCCGAGCGCGACGGCGUGCGCUACAACCAGGUCUUCCUCGACGCGUUCGACGAGCGCUGGAUGUCGGAGCUCCACGGCAUCGACGCCGCCGUGCUGUCCGCGGGACACUGGUUCCGGAUCCCCAGCGUGUACCACCGGGGCGGCAGGGUCGUCGGAUGCCACGGCUGCGACGACUACGCGGCCGAGUUCAACCGCACCGUCGCCGAGAGUACCAGCAGCUUCUUCUCCGUGUUCAGGGACGCCGUCAGACGGACGCUCGCCGAGGCCGCCCGACGGCAUCGUCACCAGAGUAGUAGUGGCGCCGGAGGGAAGAAGCCGCAGCUAGUGGCGUUCACCACGUUCUCACCGUCGCACUUCGAGGGGCACUGGAACGAGGGCGCGCCGUGCAAGAAGAAGGCCGACAGGGAGCUAGGAUACACCGAGACGGAGAUGAGGAAGAUCGUCGUGGAGGCGGUGGAGGAAGCCGCCUCGACGAUGUCCUCGUCCAAUGAUAGUGCCCAGCCGCUGCGGUUCGCGGCGCUGGACGUCACGGCGCUGGCCAACAUGCGGCCGGACGGCCACCCGGGCCCGUACAUGCGCAAGAACCCGUUCGCCGCCGCCGGCAAUAACACGGGAGACCACCGCCCGGUGCAGCACGACUGCUUGCACUGGUGCAUGCCAGGGCCGGUCGACACGUUCAAUCAGAUACUGCUCCAGACCAUCCUCCUCCGCGCGCGCUAGCUGAAACCACCUCUUGCAUGCAUGCCUUCGUCGUCGUCGUCCAUGAUCUGCAUCAGAAACGGAUAAGUUUCUGAUGCAUGCAUGUCGUUGACUGUACAUAUAUACAAGCAGUAUAUAUAAGUUUCUUAAACAUUUACUUCAAGUUUUGUUUGCAAGGUUAACCAUGCAUAAAUGUAAACUACGUACGUACUUCUAAUAAAUUCUUGAAAAACAUAUCCGAUCCUUGGACAUUUUCGACCAAUA